GUUGCAGCUAACGAAGUCCGAUAAUUGUACACCUGGGUACCUAGUACUUACAGAUUCACUAAACCAUCGAGUGUCUUACUUUUUAAGAAAAGGAAAUACAGCAAUGCGAUAGCUUGAGCAUAUAGCUAGAUGGCGUUAGUAGACUACCCCUCUUCCUCCGACUCGGAGUCUGAAGCUGGGGAAGCAGCAUCUGCAACUAAAAGGCAGAAGACAUCGCAUGGCAAGACACCAGCGAACUCAGCUGCGCUCCCGCCGCUCCCCGAUGCGUUUCACGACCUAUACGCGUCCACCGUGCGGGUGAGCACAUCCGACGACCCAACGCUGCACCAGGGCCGCAAACGCGUGAAUCCGCACAGAGUCGGCAGCUGGCCGAGCCACUUGUAUAUCGAGUGGCACCCCACAACUUCCCAGCGCAAUGUUUUGUCUACUCUGCUUUCGGAUCUCCAGACAGCACUCACGCCCCUAUCCGUGAACAUCACGUCCUUCCUGACGUCAGACUUAGACGCUCCGCAGCCGCUGCACAUCAGCCUGUCGCGGCCCAUCGUGCUGAGCACCGCGGAAAAGGACGAUUUUCUGGAGCAGCUAAUCUCACGUAUCAAGAGCAGCAGUAUCGGGCCCUUUGAUCUCGCGCUACGGGGUUUGGAAUGGCAUCGCACGAGCGAGUCGGAGCGCUCAUUCUUGGUAUUUAGGGUGGGGAGUGCUGGUUCCCGUCCUACUCCCGCUGCUGUUGCCGCUCCUACUGCCUCGGCUCCGGUGGCCGAUGGAAGAAGUAGUAGGAAGCGUGUCGGUAAGACAGGAAAGGGGAAAGGAAGUAGUUCCGAGACAGAUGCACCUACCGCCGGCCCCUCAGAUAACCCAUCCCCAUCCCCAACGCAGCAGCCGCAUAACCCAGAACUAGCAGCCCUUCUCCAGCGAUGCAACGCUCUUGUGCAAGAACACCAACAACCACCCCUCUACGCCUUCUCCGGCGGCAGCGACGACGCCUUCCACAUCUCCAUAGCGUGGUCCUUUGCCGCGCCCUCAUCCGACGUCAAGGGACAUACCGAGCGUGUAUUCGCGACCGGUCCGCAAGCCGAAGUGUUAUCGAUGCGGGUUCCGGUGCGCGGCGUCAAGGCCAAGAUCGGGAACGUGAUUACGCAUGUCGAGCUGCCGGUGCGUGGGAAGAGGGGGGUCGGAGAGGGAUAGCUGGACCAGGAAGGGGACUAUGGUAAUAUGGGGAAUUGUAAAGAACUUGAUUACGGAUAUUGAAGAGGAGAUAUGGAUAGCCCUUGCUUGGUACGGCAACAAGGGAGGAUACGAGACAUGGAUAUAUGUUUAUAAAUGGUAUGUAAUAUGCUAUUCUGCCUUCACGAAUAGUGAUAUGACCUUAAUUGUUAUAGACAUGAUGAUAUAAUCCUAUUUCUUUUCUGCGGUCUGCAAAUACCAUUCUAUCCACAAAUCAAACGCCAAAACUCCGCCUAU